AAAGUUAAUUGACUUUCCUUAUCUCGGUCUCUACAAAACGAUUAGAGAGAGCCUUUGUUUGAGAUACGCAAUUAUCAAGUUAACUCAGUUCCUGAGUACUGGUCGGACUGAAGAUCUUUGGAGAUGACACUUUGGUUAUCUGUUUUUAUCUAUGUCACACUCCAGUUCUACGACUCUACAAGUUAUCCAGCUCGAAAUCUGGGGGUAUCACCUUUUAUGGUCAACAAAAGUAAUGAAGAUGAAGAAGAAGAAGCAGAAACCACAACAAUUCCAGAAGAGCCUAAGAAGAACAAUUGCUACUGCUCGAAGAUAUACGAUCCAGUGUGCGGUACGAACAACAAGUCAUACUAUAAUCUGUGCCAGUUGCAGUGUGAGACCAAGCCUGGCACAGUGACUGUACAGCAUCAGGGGAAAUGCAUACCAUAUAGAUACUAAUAAAAAUUAAUAUUUAUUUA